UAUAUAUAUAUAUAUAAUAAAUAAAACCGUGCUUUACGGACCCAGCAAAUAGGCUCUUCUCCUCCUUUCUCUACGGCGUGCAAUUCUGGUGUGUCCGUAGGUCGUGCGAUCCGCCAUUUUCAACCUCAAUUCACCAACAAUGGAGACCUGCCCUGCAAUUAAGAACAUUCUGCUUCUAGAUUCCGAAGGAAAGCGUGUUGCUGUAAACUACUACUCAGAUGAUUGGCCAACAAAUGCUGCAAAGGAAGCUUUUGAGAAGGCCGUGUUUGCCAAGACUCAAAAGACAAAUGCUAGGGCAGAAGCGGAGAUAACAAUGUUUGAUAAUUAUAUUGUUGUCUACAAGUUUGCUCAAGAUCUUCAUUUCUUUGUUACUGGGAGUGACAAUGAAAAUGAAAUAAUCCUUGCCAGUGUUCUCCAAGGAUUCUUUGAUGCUGUUGGUAUUCUUCUUAGGGGCAAUGUAGAAAAGAAGGAGUCACUUGAAAAUUUGGACCUUAUUCUUUUGUGUCUGGAUGAAAUUGUUGAUGGCGGAAUCGUUCUUGAAACGGAUGCUAAUGUUAUUGCUGGGAAAGUGGCAAGCAACAGCGUUGAUUCUGGGGCACCUUUGUCGGAGCAGACUAUAAGUCAAGCAUUGGCAACUGCACGAGAACACUUGGCAAGAUCUCUUCUCAAAUGAUUUGUUGGGUCCACAAAAGAAAGGGAAAACAGGUCUUGCAAGUACUGAUUUUCUUUCCUUCUGAAUGAACUAAUUGAUGAGCAUCAAGUUACAUGUGUUUUGGCAAAAAACAAAAAAAAUUAGUUUCUGCUUACACCUUCACUAUUGUUUGGAUACACUACAAUGUAGAACAUGCAAUACAAACUCGAUUCUACUGUGGACAGUGGGGAAGAACUCAUUUGCAAUGUGGAUAUUGGCCUUACAUAAUAUCUUAGAUGCUUUUCAUUAUUUUA